CAGUACUGGCGCCUCUUCACGUACCAGAUCGUGCACCAGGGCUACUACCAUCUGGCGUGCAACUGCAUCAUGCAGUGCGUCUUCGGCGCGUCCGUGGAGAUGGUCCACGGCCACCGCAUGAUUCUGUUGGUGUACCAGUUCGGCGUCGCGUUGGGCGCGCUGACCUGCGCCUUCACGGACAUCCACCGCGCGGUCGUGGGCGCGUCGGGGGGCGUCUACACGCUCAUCGGGCUCCACUUCGCGGACGUGCUGUUGAACUUCCGCGCGAUGAACGACCACGCGCGGCGGGCGACGCGGGCGCUCCUGUGCACGGCCGUGCCGGCCCUCGACAUCUUCAUCUACGUGUUUUUGUACGCGGACGACACGACGUCGUACUCGGCGCACGCGGGCGGCGGCGCGGCGGGGUUCCUGCUGGGCCUGGCGCUG